AUGAAUUUAGUAGUUGGAGUUUCCAAAUUAAAUAACUCAACAAACACUUCAACAGAUAUAAGCACUUCAAGGAAAGUUGGUAACAAAACCGUCACUAGUUCCUUCAAACUACCACCAGAAAUAAAAGAACAACUUAAAGAAGCUAGUAAGAAUGGAUUUAAAUUUCAGCUUACGACAGAUGGUCCACAGUACAAUAUAUCAGUAAACUUUGCAAUGGAUUUUCAUAAAAAGGUUACUCUGUCAGAUGCAGAAAAUGGGACGCUCAUGGAUAAUUCACAAACAACAUUUCUAUACGACCCUCAAAAGAAAUCGCUCUACUGGAGUUUAGGAGUAAUCAUCAAUGAAAGAAGCUAUGGGAAUGUUAGUCAGAAUAUAUCUGUCAGAAUUUCCUCAACUGCCAUUAAUUGUCGAUAUUGGAAUAACACUGUCGGAAAAUGGUCACUAAAGGGAUGUAAGGUUUCACCUGUUUCAUCAAGCGAUAAAUUACAGUGUGAAUGUGAUCAUCUUACGGAUUUUGCUGGAGGACUUUUCGUAUUACCUAAUAUUGUGGAUCCAUUUCAAGAUGCCUUACUAUUUCUGACGUUCUUUGAGAACCCAGUUGUAGUUACCGUAGUGAUAUUGGUCUGGUUGAUAUAUUUUGUGGGUCUUUACAGGGCAAGACAAGCAGAUCGUAGGGAUUCAUAUUUUGAUGGUAUAGUGACACCUUUUCCAAGUGAUCCCUCAGACCCGUUUAAGUAUGUCAUGUGCAUUGUCACUGGAUGGCGGUAUGAAGCUAGAACUACAGCAAAUGUUUCAUGCUACAUAAAAGGCAACACUGGACAAAGUGCAAGGCAUUGUUUAACUAGGACCUCAUCACCGCAGGUUUUGUUUACAUCCGGUGGUGAAGACUGGUUUCUAAUUACUUCUUCCUACGAUAUAGGAGACAUGGUGAAUGUAAUUAUUUGGCACGACAACAGUGGUUCCUCGCCAUCAUGGUUUCUUUCGAGAAUAAUAAUACAAGACUUGCAAACUAAGAAAGUAUUUACUUUCUACUACGAUAAUUGGCUAGGAAUGCAAAGUGGUACUGCCAAAGUUUGUUUGUCAAUCAAGUCAGGUUACGAAUUAAAGCAACAAUUUUUCCUUAGAACGAGUCAAGAUUUACGUAGAGGGCAUUUGUGGAUCAGUAUAAUUUCAAAACCACCAUGUAGUGAUUUUACGAGGGCUCAAAGAUUAUCAUGCGCAUUAUCUUUAUUGUUUUGUACAAUGUUGUCCUGUCUAAUGUUUCAUGGAAUUCCUACUGACGAAACGAUUAGUUCUGAUGUAGCCAGUAUUCAAUUUGAAUUUUCUCUGAAAGACUUUAUCAUUGGUUUGGAAAGUAGUAUAAUAAUGUUUCCUAUAAACUUUGCAAUCAUUGAACUUUUUGUUCGAUCGAAAACAAAACAGCUACAUAAAGAACGAUAUAUGGAAAUUGAUGUAAACUGUCCAAAGGCAAGUGAUGAAAAAGGAUCAGAUAAAAGAGAAAGUGAAACUGUGGCUGUAAAACGAUGGAUGUUUCCAUGGUGGGUUAUAUAUAUUGCAUGGACCACAACUAUUUUGACAUCUUUGACUUCAUCAUAUUUUGUUAUGCUGUACGGAUUAAAAUAUGGCUACUAUGAAAGUUUGAAUUGGCUGGUGUCUUUUCUUACAGCAUUUGUUGAUGAUGUCUUUUUAAUGGAACCUAUGAGUGUUGUGUUUUUUGCCAUGUUGUUUACAUUUAUAUUGAAACGGGAAGUCAAAAUUGAUUCUGCUCCAGCCUUGAUUGUACACAAACCAGAAAACAGCUGUAAAUUUCCAGAUAAGUUAAAGAAACUAUUUGGCUUUGACAAUCUUGGCAUGGAAUGUACGUCUUCUUUGAACACGAUAAAUGAUGACAAUGACAAUUACAACAAGUCCUGGCAGAUUCAGUCACAACGGGUAUCAUCCACUGAUGAAUGGACCUACCAAAAUGCUUGGGACUUAGAGUCUGUACCAUAUCUAGGCGAGCGUGCAAUAUAUGGUGGGGGUGGCUAUUUGGUUGACAUGAACGCAGGUCCUUCAGCUGUUUUAAAGAUUUCAGAGUUAAUGCUUAAGUCAUGGAUUGACAAAAGAACAAGAGCUGUCUUUAUAGAAUUCGUGUUGUAUAAUCCUAAUGUUAACAUGUAUAGUUCAGUUAUGAUCGUUUUUGAGUAUAGCAACCCAGGUACACUAACGAAAUCAUUUCAGAUAUAUACAACACCUUUAUCCCACUACUCCACUAGUAAAGAAAUUACCAGCAUAGAUGGCUUUUGA